GGGGACAAGUACAAUCCACGAAUAUUUAAAUGUACCAAAUGUGACGCCAAGAAGCCAACUAAAAAUCUUUUACUAAGACACAUGGAAGCACACAAACCACAUAAAGAGAGAAUCCUCUACUUCUGUACACCAUGCAAGCGCGGCUUCACUACUCUUGCUUCUUUGAAGUACCACUAUAAUAUAAAACAUAGAGAAGACUAUGAACAGCUAGGAUUCACAAUGAAAAGAUUCACUUGUUCCGAAUGUUCGUGUGAAAUUUUAGGCGAACGGAGGUAUCUCAUGCACAUGGAGAGACAUAAACAAAAACACAAUCUAGCAAAUCACAUAAAGAUGCACAAAAAAUCCAGCCCAACACGCACUGUUUUGGACAUUGAACCAAUUAGUGUGGAACAUGUUAAUGAAGAAAACAAUAUUUCAGAGGAAAAUAUAAAUGCAUCGUCAUCAGAUACUAAACAAGAACUCACAUCCAAUGAAGCUUCUAACAAAAACUCAAUAAGCAUAGUAGACAUUGAAGAAGAUAAUAAUAAAAAUGAUAGUGGCGAUAAAAAUUUAAAUGGGAUAGAAGAGACUGUAAAUUUCACAACAGGCAAAUCUACACAGCACAAAGGCACUGUUUUGAACGUUGAACCAAUUAGUGAGGAACAUGUUAAUGAAGAAAAUAAUGUUUCGGAAGAAAAUAUAAAUGCGUCAUCAUCAGAUAUUAAGCAAGAAUUAACAAAAAAAGUGCGGAUGAAGAUGUAUCACUGUUCCAUGUGUGACUACAAAACGAUACAGAUCUGUAACUUAAAGCGACACAAGCAAGUUCACUUGUCAUGGGACGAACGAUAUCCGUUUGUUUGUACGCACUGCGGCAAGAAAUUUGCUACUACUAUCAAGUUAAAACAACACAUAUUGCAGCAUCAUCAUUUUUUUAUUCAUUCCAGCGCAAACACUGCUUUGAACAGCGAACCCAUUAGUGUGGAACAUGUUAAUGAAGAAAAUAUAAAUGCGUCAUCAUCAGAUAUUAAGCAAGAAUUAUUCACAACGGAUACUGUCGUUAAUACCGAAUCAGUAAUUUUGGAUAAUCUUAAACAAGAAAAUCAUUCAGAAGAAAAUAUAAAUGUAUCAUCAUCAGAUAUUAAUCUAAAACUGAACACAUCUAAUAAAGCAUCUAACAAAAAAUCAAUAAGCAUAGUAGACAUCACAGAAGAAAAUGAUAAUAGUGAUGAAAAUGUAAAUGUGAUAGCAAAGAUUAUAAAGUUGGGGAACAAUUCCCAUGUGGUUUAUAAAUGUAACAAAUGUGGCUUUCAAAGUAUGAGAAAAAAUUUGUUACUAAAACACGUGCAAAAACACCUACCACUCGAAAAAAGAAAACGGCACCAGUGCCCAACUUGCGGCGGCAUGUAUUCUAAUCUUAACAGUUUUAAGUUCCAUAUGAGGGUUCGACAUAAUCAAGUCAGCACAGGGGACAAGUACAACCCACCAAUAUUUAAAUGUACCCAAUGUCACAUCAUGAAGCCAAGUAAAAAACUUUUACUAAUUCACAUGGAAUCACACAAACCACCUGAAGAGAGGAAUCGCCACCAGUGUUCAGUUUGCUACAGUACCUUCACCGCUUUUGCUUCUUUAAAGUACCACAUGAAUAUAAAACAUAGAGAAUACUGUGAACAGAUAGGAUUCGCAAUGAAAAGAUUCACUUGUUCCAAAUGUUCGCGUGAAAUUGUAGGCGAACGUAGGUAUCACACGCACAUGGAGAGACAUAGACAGAACAGCAAAGAAUCCAGAACACAAGAAGUGCAGAAAGUUAUGCAUAACUGUUCCAUGUGUGACUUCAAAACGAUACACAAGUGUAACUUGACACGACACAAGAGGGUUCAUUUGGCAUUGGAAGAGCGACAGCUGUUUGCUUGUGGUCACUGCGACAAGAAAUAUACUGUAAAGGCAUCGUUGAAACAACAUCUUAUGCAACACAGAAAUAUUCAUGACGUUGAACGUACAAGCUCGGAAGGCAAUAAUCAAGAAGAGCAAGUUCAAAACAGCGUAGAACAGAAGUUAGAGCUGGAUACUCGCGCUAGUGAUCUUUCCAGUAUAGAAAACAACGAACAAGAGAAAACUCUUAUAAUCAAGGAAGAACUUGAUGGCGUUUUACGAUUUAAAAGAACAACUAUGCAGAAAAUAAUGUUUAAAUGUCACCUGUGUGACUACAUAACGACAGACAUGUCUAACUUUGGUCGUCACAAGGCAUUUCACUUGGUACCGCAAAAACACCAGUUGUUUGCUUAUGCGCAGUGCAACCAAACAUUAAUGACAAGAAAGGCCUUACAAACUAAUCACCUUGGUAAUAAUCAUACCAAUUCCAGUUUGACUGUGGACACUGUAGAUCUUACCACAGAAGACAAUGAACAAGAAUUGCAAGUUCAGAACGGCAUAGAACAGAAGUUAGAGCUUGAUAUUCACGACGUUGAACUUACAAGCUCGGAAGGCAAUAUUCAAGAAGAGCAAGUUCAAAACUGCAUAGAACCGAAGUUAGAGCUUGAUAUCCAUUACGAUGAACUUACCAUCGCGGGGGACUAUAAACAAGAAGAAUAUUUUCAAACCAAUAUUUUAUCUGAUGAUAAGUUAGAGCUCGACAUCAAUACUGUCGAUCUUACCAGCACAGAGACCAAUGAACAAGAAGAACACGUUUCAAACAGUGUAGAACAGAAAUUAGAACUUGUUGUUGUUCUAAACAGAGUAGAUGCUGAUGGUGUUGUAAAUAAUACUGUCGAUCUUACCAGCACAGAGACCAACGAACAAGAAGAACAAGUUUCAAACAGUGUAGAACAGAAGUUAGAACUUGUUGUUGUUCUAAACAGACUAGAUUCUGAUGGUGUUGUAAAUAAUACUGUCGAUCUUACCAGCACAGAGACCAACGAACAAGAAGAACAAGUUUCAAACAAUGUAGAACAGAAGUUAGAACUUGUUGUUGUUCUAAACAGACUAGAUUGUGAUGGUAUUGUAAAUAGUGAUAUUCAGGCUAUUAAACUUACCAGUACGGUAGACCAUAAACAAGAAAACCAUGUUCAAAAGAGGGAAGCAUCUGAUAGUGAGGAGUUUGAUAUUCAGGCUAUUGAGCUUACCAGUACGGUAGACAAUAAACAAGAAAACCAUGUUCAAAAGAGGGAAGCAUCUGAUAGUGAGGAGUUUGAUAUUCAGGCUAUUGAGCUUACCAGUACGGUAGACAAUAAACAAGAAAACCAUGUUCAAAAGAGGGAAGCAUCUGAUAGUGAGGAGUUUGAUAUUCAGGCUAUUGAGCUUACCAGUACGGUAGACAAUAAACAAGAAAACCAUGUUCAAAAGAGGGAAGCAUCUGAUAGUGAGGAGUUAACUAUUGAAGUGGAUAAACGGGUCUAUGACUGUACCGUGUGUGGCUACCAAACUACUAUUAAAAAAAACUUAGAACGACACCAGCAAGUUCACUUAAGUCGGGAAGAACGACAGUUGGUUUCUUGUCCGCUCUGCGACAAAAAAUAUACGACAAAGAGCAGCUUAAACUAUCAUCUUGUCGGAAAUCACCAUGCUUUCACUGAAGGUGGUACUAUUGAACUUACCCGCGCGGAAGGCAAUGCACAAGAAGAACAUGUUCAAAACAGCGUAACAUCCCAUGAUAAGUUGAAGCCUAGGACUAUGGAAUUGAAUCAACGUAUCUAUAAAUGUAACAUGUGUGACUACCGAACGCUAAGAAACAGAUUUUUAAAAAACCACCAGCAAGUUCACUUACCACGGGAAGAACGACAGUUGUUUCCUUGUCCGCUCUGCAACAAAAAAUAUAUGACAAAUCAAAAAUUAAACUCUCAUCUUGUCGGAAAUCACCCUGACUUCACUGAAGGCCGUACCGUUGAACAUACCGGCGCGGAAGGCAAUGAACAAGAAGAACAUGUUCAAUACAGCGUAAUAUCCGAUGAUGAGUUAGAGCCUGAAGGCCGUACCGUUGAACAUACCGGCGCGGAAGGCAAUGAACAAGAAGAACAUGUUCAAUACAGCGUAAUAUCCGAUGAUGAGUUAGAGCCUAGAACUAUGGAACUGAAUAAACGGGUCUAUAAAUGUACCAUGUGUGACUACCAAACGAUAAAGAACAAAUACUUAAAAAGCCACCAGCAAGUUCACUUACCACGGGAAGAACGACGAUGGUAUACUUGUCCGAUUUGCGACAGAAAAUAUGCGAGAAAUAUCCAUUUACGCCACCAUCUUGUCAAAAACCAUCCUGACUUCAUUAGAACUAAUGAAGUGGAGAAACGGGUCUAUAAAUGUACCAUGUGUGACUACAAACCGAAAAAGAACAAAUACUUAAAAAGCCACCAGCAAGUUCACUUACCACGGGAAGAACGACGGUGGUUUACUUGUCCGAUCUGCGACAAAAAAUAUACGACAAAGGUCAGCUUAAACUAUCAUCUUGUCGGAAAUCACCCUGACUUCACUGAAGGCCGUACUGUUGAACAUACCGGCGCGGAAGACAAUGAACAAGAAGAACAUGUUCAAAACAGCGUAACAUCCGAUGGCGAGUUAGAGACCGAAGACCGUACUGUUGAACAUACCGGCGCGGAAGGCAGUGAACAAGAAGAACAUGUUCAAAACAGCGUAACAUCCGAUGAUGAGUUAGAGCCUGAAGGCCGUACCGUUGAACAUACCGGCGCGGAAGGCAAUGAACAAGAAGAACAUGUUCAAUACAGCGUAAUAUCCGAUGAUGAGUUAGAGCCUGAAGGUCGUACUGUUGAACUUACUGGCGCGGAAGGCAAUGAACAAGAAGAACAUAUUCAAAACAGCGUAACAUCCCAUGAUAAGUUGGAGCCUAGGACUAUGGAACUGAAUAAACGGGUCUAUAAAUGUACCAUGUGUGACUACCAAACGAUAAAGAACAAAUACUUAAAAAGCCACCAGCAAGUUCACUUACCACGGGAAGAACGACGUUGGUAUACUUGUCCGAUCUGCGACAGAAAAUAUGCGAGAAAUGUCCAUUUACGCCACCAUCUUGUCAAAAACCAUCCUGACUUCAUUAGAACUAAUGAAGUGGAGAAACGGGUCUAUAAAUGUACCAUGUGUGACUACCAAACGAUAAAGAACAAAUACUUAAAAAGCCACCAGCAAGUUCACUUACCACGGGAAGAACGACGGUGGUUUACUUGUCCGAUCUGCGACAGAAAAUAUACGACAAAGAUCAGCUUAAACUAUCAUCUUGUCGGAAAUCACCGUGACUUCACUGAAGGCCGUACUGUUGAACAUACCGGCGCGGAAGACAAUGAACAAGAAGAACAUGUUCAAAACAGCGUAACAUCCGAUGGCGAGUUAGAGACCGAAGACCGUACUGUUGAACAUACCGGCGCGGAAGGCAGUGAACAAGAAGAACAUGUUCAAAACAGCGUAACAUCCGAUGAUGAGUUAGAGACUGAAGGUCGUACUGUUGAACUUACCGGCGCGGAAGGCAAUGAACAAGAAGAACGUGUUCAAAACAGCGUAACAUCCCAUGAUAAGUUGGAGCCAACUAUGGAACUGAAUAAACGAGUCUAUAAAUGUACCAUGUGUGACUACAAACCGAAAAAGAACAAAUACUUAAAAAGCCACCAGCAAGUUCACUUAUCACGGGAAGAACGACGGUGGUAUACUUGUCCGAUCUGCGACAGAAAAUAUACGAGAAAUACCUCUUUACGCCACCAUCUUGUCAAAAACCAUCCUGACUUCACUGAAAGCCGUACUGUUGACCUUACCGGCGCUGAUGACAAGGAACGUGAAAAACAUUUUCAAAACAGCAUAACAUCUGAUAAAAUAAUUGAUGAAUCUAUAUCUAUAAUGAAUGAAGAAAAUGCAGAAAGUUUUAUAAAAAUGGAAAUUGAUGAUGGCGCUCCAACUUUGGAUGAAGGCAUGCACUAUGACUUCGAAAAUGCCGAUCUAUCUGAAACUAAUAUAGCAAAGCCAGGAGAUCUUAUAGAAAUAGAAAUUGAUGAUAAAGCUCCGCUUUUGGAUUUUAAUAACUGGGACCUUGUAGAUCAACCUGAACAAGUCAAAAUAGAAGAUAUUGUAACACUUCUACAACCUGAAUCUUCAUAAUUAUAGCAAUUCAUAACCUCAGCAAUUUCGAAAGUCCUGAAUUAAUCAAGUUGUUUAAUUUUCAUAUGUAUAUUUUUAUACCUUUAAGCUCUACACUAAAUUUUCCGAGAUCUAUAGUAAGUAUAAUGAUCUAGGUAAAUUUGUAGCAGUGAUAUUUUUCAUAAAAUUUUACAAAUUCCA